GCGCUUUGAAUCUUUUAUCGCGUUUCGCCUUCAACAGACUCACGUUAUAUCUCCCGACCCGAAAUCGGCGGCUAAUUAUCGCGCUUAAACUUUCAGCCGUUUUUUCAGGACAUGUGUGGCUGAAAAAUCAUGUGUCAUGUGUUCGGUGCAGUGCUGAAAUCGAAAAAGUGCAACCAUGAGUGGGAUUCUGCUGCUUUACAUGUGCUGGAAACAUAAAUUAAAAUUGGAUUAUAAUCAAUAAUGUCCAGUAUUAAGAAAAGCUCGAGACGAUCGGAGGAUACGAUGGACGAUGACUCCGACGAUAAGGACUCAAAACGGAAAUCUCGAAACUUGAGUGAGAAAAAAAGACGAGACCAAUUUAAUUUACUAGUGAAUGAGUUAAGCUCGAUGGUAGCAACCGGAAGUCGAAAAAUGGACAAAUCUACUGUCCUUAAAUCAACGAUAGCUUUUUUAAAAAAUCAUAACGAAAUAGCAGUACGAUCCCGUGUUAACGAAAUUCAAGAAGACUGGAAACCGACGUUUCUCACAAACGAAGAAUUCACUCAUUUAAUCCUCGAAGCUGUGGAUGGCUUUAUUAUGGUGUUUUCGGCUUCGGGUCAAAUUUUUUAUGCUUCGGAAAGUAUUACCUCGCUUUUGGGACAUUUACCGAAUCAAGUCCUGAAUAUGACAAUAUAUGAAAUGGCAAAUGAAGAAGAACACAGUCACCUCUACAAUAUUUUACUCACUCCGUCCGAAGACCAGGGUCAAGUUUCCUUCUCGUGUCAUUUGCGACGUGGAGAUCCUGACUCCAAACAGAAUCCCUCCUUUGAACUUGUGCAUUUUGUAGGAUAUUUCAGAUCUGACGAAGAUAUGGUUCAGAGCGAAAAUCGGUAUAGUGGCUACUCGGGGGAGGCAGACACUAGAUUGGUGUUUGUGGGUACUGGGAAGAUCAAGACUCCUCGCUUGAUCCGCGAAAUGCCCUUGGUCGACUCCAGCAAAAGCGAGUUUACCUCCCGCCAUAGCCUUGAAUGGAAAUUCCUUUUUCUGGACCAUCGCGCUCCCCCCAUCAUCGGCUACCUCCCGUUCGAGCUUUUAGGCACUUCCGGUUACGAUUACUACCACGUCGACGACUUGGACAAUAUUAUAAUCGGUCACAAAGCCCUCAUGCAAAAGGGCGAGGGUACUUCUUGUUUUUAUAGAUUUCUUACAAAAGGCCAACAAUGGAUUUGGUUGCAGACCAGAUAUUACAUAACCUAUCAUCAGUGGAAUUCCAAACCGGAGUUUAUCGUUUGCACGCAUCGUGUCGUAAGUUAUGUUGAUGUUAUGAAACAGAAUCGGAAGGAGGAGACGGGAGUUACGACAUCGGGGACUUCCCCGGGGACGCCAUGGCCCAAAAACACCAAGAGUAAUAUACGGCAGGGGACGGCGUCGGAGUGCACCUCCAUGUCGGCGGAUUCCCCCACGUCGAGGCAAUCGGUGAUGACACAGUUCUCGGUGAAAUCGGAAUCCAACCAGCCGAAGCCGCCGCCUCAAAUGCUCCAACCGCAGCAACCCCAACCCCUCCAGCCCCAAAACCAGAUCCAACCCUCCAACCACCAGUUUCUGGAACCACCUCAAUACGUAGCCGCCAUCCCUAUGCAACCCGUCAUUUCGGGGUUUUCCCCGAUUCAGCCUCUGGAUAACGUCAUGCUGACUCCGGCACAGACCCAGAUGCAGAUCGACCUCCAGCGAAAACACGCCGAACUCCAAGCAAUCAUCGGCCAACAACAGGCAGAGUUGAGGAGGGUGUCUGAGCAGCUUUUGAUGGCCAGGUUGGGCCUUCUACCCCAAAAUCAACCCGUGCAAAAUUACUCUCCUCAGGUGUCCAUAGCGUAUCAAGGCUCGAAUUCGGGAACAGUGAGUAGUACGACCACGACAAUUCCGGGGAUUCAGUCAAGUGCUGUGGGCUCGCCGUCUCUUAUAGUACCUGUAAGCAUAUCUCUACCAAUACCUCAGCAUCAACCAAAUAUGUUGUAUACGCCGUCGGAUUCCAAUGGACAAACGAAAUAAGUUAAUUAGUGCGAAGAAACCAAAGACAAAAAAUGAACAAUUCGCUCAAUUUGUUACCGUAACCCUACCUCUGUGUUAUCGUGUCUUAAAAAUUAGUCAUUGAUUUUUAGUGGUGAUAAUUAAUCAACGCACAAUCGAAGUGUAUUAAAUGAAGUGAUUAGGGUGGAUACAAUAUUUGAAUCGUACAAAGUUGUAUUUGAUGUCAAAACCUCGACUGUUGCAGCAAUUUGGAAAGAUAUUGUUUGUUUGUGGUCGAUGUUUAUUUGUCUGAAUCACGUGACUGUCUUUUCUUAUUUUUUCUCCAAUGUAGAUACAACUAUGUGGAAUGAAAUUUUUUAUUUUUUAACAAAUUUAUGUAAAUAAGUAUAAAUAACUCGUUUAGUAUAAUCUUUCGUAGGAAAUUGCUGAAUGUGAUAAGUUGAUACGUCCUCGUAUUGUAUAAUGUUGUAAUAUACACAUAUAGUAUUUAUUUAUGUACCUAACAGGUUUUUUGAUAUUAAAAAUUAAAUUUAAA